GGAGGAGUACAGCAAUCCUCACUCAGUGGACAGGGUGGCCAUGGGGCAGCUGCCGCACAUGUGGGGCCAGUCGCUCUACAUCUUGGGCUGUCUUCUGUCCGAGGGUUUUUUUUAGCACCAGAAGAGAUAGAUCCCCUCAACAGGAAGUUCUCUACUAACUUCAAGCCAGAUGUUGUGGUACAAGUUUGUGUUGUAGCAGAGUCGGAGGAGAUCAAGGAGUUGCUCAGUGAUCACGGGGUCGUGGCCCAGACGAUGUCAGAGGUUCUGCCUAGUGGCCGGCCCUACAGACACAUUGGAGUCCUGGGAACAUCCAAAUUCUACGAGAUCAGAAAUCGCUCUUAUAUAUUCACCCCGCAGUUUCUGGAUCAGCACCAUUUCUACCUAGCGCUGGACAACCAGAUGAUUGUGGAGAUGUUACGAACAGAGCUGGCCUAUCUCUCCUCUUGCUGGAGGAUGACAGGGCGGCCCACUCUCACUUUUUCCAUCACCCGCAGCAUGCUGGUUGAGCAUGGAGAUGCGAUUGAUCCGUGUAUCCUAGCAACCCUCAGGAAGCUACAGGAUGGCUAUUUUGCUGGAGCGAGCGCUGCAGCAGCCCCUCCUCCACCCCCAGUGGGCCCCGGUCCAGGAGAUGGACAGCGCCACUGGGAGGACAGGCAAGGCCAGUGGCUGAGGAGACACAGGCUGGAUGGAGCUGUCAACAGAGCACCAGUGGGGUUCUACCGGAAGGUCUGGAAGAUCCUGCAGAAGUGCCAUGGCCUGUCCAUCGAUGGCUAUGUGUUGCCCUCGUCAACCACGAGAGAAGUAGCGAGAGAAGAAGAGAGAGAGAGCGAGAGAUAUAACACUUAUGGCCAAAUAUAUAAGUCUGUUGUCUGCCAAAGCAAAAUGUUAUGAAUAAACAUGUUUCCCUGAGA